AAACCUCACUACUCAUAUCCAACGGCGCACAGUCACAUUCAUAAAAACAACAAUAACAAAAAAAAUGGCCGCCGCAGCUCCACCGCCACCACCAACAGACACACCAGAACUAAACAUGAACAACCCAGAACCCCACCAUCUUUUCACCCGGAUCCGACUUGCCACGUCAUCAGACACACCACUCAUCCACAAAAUGAUCCAUCAAAUGGCUGUCUUUGAACGUCUUUCAGAUCAAUGUGUAGCCACUGAACAAUCACUUUCCGCCACUCUGUUUUCACCCACAAACAUCCCUUUUCAAUCCUUUACUGUUUUCUUAAUUGAAGUCUCCAAACUACCCUUUAGCCCAAAUUUCAUCAGCCCAAAUUUCAAACCCAUUUCCAAGAUUCUAAAUCUUGAAUACCCAGUUAAUGAUCCUGAAGAAAAAGUGUUCAAAUCAUUAGUGGGUCAGGAAAAUGGUGAUGUUUAUGUUGCUGGGUUUGUUUUGUUUUUCCCAAAUUAUUCAACUUUUUUGGCUAAACCUGGGUUUUAUAUUGAGGAUUUGUUUGUUAGGGAGUGUUACAGGAGGAAAGGAUUAGGGAAAAUGUUGUUAUCUGCUGUUGCUAAACAGGCUGUUGAAAUGGGGUUUGGAAGAGUUGAAUGGGUUGUGCUUGAUUGGAAUAUUAAUGCUAUUAAGUUUUAUGAGGAAAUGGGGGCUAAUGUUAUGAAAGAAUGGAGGGUUUGUAGGCUUACUGGUGAUGCUUUGAAAGGCUAUGCUGAUAAUGGAUGAAUUACAUUUUAUCUUUGUAGUGGAAUGGUUCACUUAUGAAAGCUGAAAUUGGUUUUUACACAUGGGAAGGGUUAGCAAAAGAGCAACUUUAGGGAUGUGUAAUGCAUUUUUAUGUUCGGAAAAUGAUUGUGUCACAGAAUAUACAUUUCAUAUUUGGUGGUGUUAAUAUCUAUUGACUUGAAAUUGAUUUCCUGCAUUUUUAUGUUGGAAAAUGAAUGUGUAACAGAAUAUACAUUCCAUAUUUGGUGGUGUUAAUAAUUUAAUAUCUAUUGACUUGGAAUA